GAGCCUCGAAGUGCCAACCUGUCUUUCUCGCCAAUCACCAUGCAGGUUUGGGCCGUCACCUACGACCAAUCCGAGAUUCCUGAACAACUCUUCCAAUCCUCCCUCCUCCUCGUCGAUCCCUCUGCCCAAGCGCGCAUCAAGAGAUACUAUCACCGCGAAGAUGCCUGUCGGACGUUGAUCGGCCGGCUGAUGCCUCGGAUAUUACUCAAGGAGCGAGGGGUGGAGAGGGACGCGAUGGCGUUUGGCGCGACGGACGCUGGGAAACCUUACAUCACGACGAAAGGACUCGACCCGCCACUGGCGUACAACGUCACGCACGACCAGGGCGUCGUCGCCAUGGCCUUUGGGAACGGCCACCUCGGUCCUCCAGCGUACACGAUCGGCGUCGACGUGAUGAAGGUGCACAUUCCCCCGCGGACCACUUUUCUUUCAUUCGUGGAUAGCGUCGGCAGUCAGUUGACGGCUAGAGAGCACGAUACGUUGCUCGUGGACGUGGCCGAGGACGAAGCGCUCCGGCGGUUCUUUUGGAUAUGGACUAUGAAAGAGGCGUACACCAAAGCCCUCGGACUCGGACUCGGCUUUGACUUUUGCCGCAUCGAGUACGACGCCGUGUCGGACACCCUGACCAUCGACGGCCAGAUCCCCAAAGGAUGGCAGUUUGUCAAAUUCCAACUCACCCACGACGGAGCGCUCUACCAAGGCGUCGCUGCGAGACUCGUGGGCGGACACGGAACAGAGAUAUCAAACAUCAGCCAACAACGUCUAUCGCAUUACUCUGCAGCAUGCUUUGUGAAGCGUGCGAUAAAAGAAUUAAAGUAGGGGUGGUAAUAAAAUAUAGUGUCAAUGGUUUCUAAAUGAGAUAUAUCGAGAGGGAAUGUGAAUUAGUCAGAGUAGGGAUUAGGUCUAGUAUGCGAAGAAGAGAUCAGAAAUGUCAUCGUUGCGGUUGAUGUCUAUGGCCAAAGGAGCCGAUUGCCAGAUGCGCUUUUUUCCAUCGUCAUCCUGCGGUGAGAACCCCAGUGCAUACCGGAGAGUUCAAAGGCAUUGAGAUCCGAAAAGGCGGCGAGGGCAUUGGCAACCUGUUCGUAAAAGGCGGCAGAGGGGGUAUUAAACAAGUUU